CUAUGUUCUUUUUGGGGCACUGUGUAGGCUAGGCAAAAGCUCUACCACUAAACUGUAACCCUAGCCCCAGUGUAAAGCCUCAUACUUUGUUACUUCCCCAAACUGAAAGUAUUCCUGGUGCUCCAGUUUCAAGUUCUAGUAGGUAUCACAUAGUAAUUGGGCAGACUGAGCUGCCUCAAAAACAGAAACAAUGCAUGAACUAUGCAGUCAUUCGUAGAGAAGAAAAUAUGUAAAGGCAAGAAAUUCUUUAAUUCUGAUUACACUGUAGCUUUAAGCAAAGUGUUGACUGUUUCAGGUCACAAAGGCACUAUUUAGAGUACAGCAAGUGGGAUCAUGUGUCCAACAGGCCACACAGUCACGUGUCCAUCCAAAGUGGGCAAUUCAUAUCCUCUUAGUGCAAGGAUGAAGCCUUAAAAGUAUUAAAAGGGCUUAACAUUCAAUUGCUUCAUUUGCAAUAAAAGUGAACACUGAUGUCCACUAUUACCAACAAAACAAAAGCCUAAUGGCAAAUGUCAGCCUUUACUUCUUAAGAUAUAAAAUUCAUGCUGAUAUUUUGGUUCCUGUUUCAUCUUCUAACAGAAAACAAAAAAAAAGGAAGCUAGUCUCCUUGCACGAAGGUUUUAUAAUUAAAGUUGUAAAGUUCUAUUGCAAAUGAAGACCCCAUAAAUUAUUUUUUCCUAUCCUCCUUAGCAUAAUUAAGUAGUCAGCAAUAGAAGAUGGUAGGAACUAUUGGCAAAACUAGAAAUGUCUAUGAACUAAGCUGGCCAGAUACAAACAAGAUUAGGUCUAGACUAAGUGCCUUCCACAAGUCUCCAUAAAUUAACAGGCCAUUAAUCUAGAGAUCGUUGCCAAAUCCUGAUUUGGAUGUAACUUCUAUGUAAUGAAUUAUACUGGAUAUAAUCUUAUCAAAUCCCCUCACCUUCAAUGAAAGAAACUUUGUAGACUGCUUUUCAGAGUCACAGCCAGUUACUGCCUGAGCCCAAUCUAAACCACGUUUGCCCUCAACAGAUAUGCUCUCGGGGACAAGGUGGUGGGGUGUGGAUAUAAGAUGGUACCUUGUUACAGGCCUCAGGGUGUUAGGACACAGGCUAUAAAUUCUCAUGGCAAUUUUCUUUUUUCUCUGAAAAAGGAUAGAACUAGUAAAGAACUGUCCCAGAGUUUUCAGAAGCAAAAACCCAUGGGACAUAAGGCACAAAUAAAUUGGCUUUUAUGGCAGUGAGGAUAGUACCAUGUUUCUCCAACUGUUUCUUCCAAGUUACUGAAUCUGUUCGCCUACAGGCCAAAGGAGGGUUUGUUCAACUCCUCUCCAAGUGCCUCUCCUUGCUCAUCGACUCCACUCCCCUCCACCCUAAAGGUAAGGGCUGCAGCCUAAACUACUCAGGCUUAAUGCGGGCAGCGCCGACGCAGCGCGGCUGCCUACAAGUCAGCUUGACGCCGAGGAGAAAUCUAAUCGCCCAAUUAGUCCGGAUCUCUCGGACUAUUGUGCCCGGAAAGGAACAUAGAACAGGUGAGUGCUACGGAAGGCAACCAGUUCCGGAAAGUCUGAAAGGGCGAAGUGUGGGUGCUGGGCGAGAAAGAGGCAGAGGGAAGGACCGUGCGACAAAUGAAAGGUGGCGCGUGCAGCCGCAUCGACGCCUCCCUCCCCGAGAUCACCUUGCGCUGACCUAGUUGAGCCGCGAAGGAAGCAGCUCCAGCCCGCGAAGGAGAAGGGCGGGGCGGAAGGGGGCGGGAACAGGGGCGGGGCCUCGCGCUGGAUCUUUCUGGAGCUCGCUCGUGAUUCGCGGAGGGCUUAGAGCCGGAAGCGGCCGGGAGGCGUUGGCGGCGGCGGCGCACGUGGUGACGUGCGCGGCGGUGCGGGAGAGCGGGCGGCGGCAGUGUCUCCGGGACGCGCGCCGAGGUCGGUCGCUCGCUCGCGGGAGCUGUCGGAGGGGCUGGGCGCAGUUGUCCGCCUGCUGCUUCAGGCGCCUGUGCCGGCGAGGGAGCGUUCCUGCGAGACUUCAGUGGCGCCACAGCCUCCGCGGACUGACCGCUCGUUCUCUCUGCUGCAUUCUAGCCCCCCUCCGCCGCCUCGAGGCGCUUUUCUUUGGGCUCAUUCCUGCCCGCUUCCUCCUACUCCCCAUCGAAGCUCUGGAGAUGAGGUUUUCCAUCUCUUCAGAGAUGAACCAGAUUAUAGUGCAUCGUUAUCACAGAAGAAAUUCAUGUCUAUAGCUUUUAAGGACUUGAUUACAUCAUUUUCAAGCCUGAGUUUUGGUACCAACAUUAGCGCUUAAGAUACAUCUACCUUCACCUCAACCAGCUGUCUUCAUACCUUGACGAAGCGCCUCAUUUCAGCACUCCUCUGCCUUUGGAUUAUUUCAACUCCCAGUAACACAUUUCUCACCAGUAUAGUAAGCCAAAUUUAUAAGGAAAAAUGAUUCCCAAUGGAUAUUUGAUGUUUGAAGAUGAAAAUUUUAUUGAGUCUUCUGUUGCCAAAUUAAAUGCCCUGAGGAAAAGUGGCCAGUUCUGUGAUGUUCGACUUCAGGUCUGUGGCCAUGAAAUGUUAGCUCACAGAGCGGUACUGGCUUGCUGCAGUCCCUAUUUAUUUGAAAUCUUUAAUAGUGAUAGCGAUCCGCAUGGAGUGUCUCAUGUUAAAUUUGAUGAUCUCAAUCCAGAAGCUGUUGAAGUCUUACUGAAUUACGCCUAUACUGCUCAGUUGAAAGCUGAUAAGGAAUUAGUGAAAGAUGUUUAUUCCGCAGCCAAAAAGUUGAAGAUGGACCGAGUCAAGCAGGUUUGUGGUGAUUAUUUACUGUCUAGGAUGGAUGUUAGCAGCUGUAUCUCUUACCGAAAUUUUGCAAGUUGUAUGGGAGAUGCCCGUUUGUUGAAUAAGGUUGAUGCCUACAUUCAGGAAAAUUUGUUACAAAUUUCAGAAGAGGAAGAAUUUCUCAAGCUUCCACGACUAAAAUUGGAGGUGAUGCUUGAAGAUAAUGUUUGCUUGCCCAGCAAUGGCAAAUUGUAUACAAAGGUAAUCAACUGGGUACAGCGUAGCAUCUGGGAGAAUGGAGACAGUCUGGAAGAGCUGAUGGAAGAGGUUCAAACCUUGUACUACUCAGCUGAUCACAAGCUGCUUGAUGGGAACCUACUAGAUGGACAGGCUGAGGUGUUUGGCAGUGAUGAUGACCACAUUCAGUUUGUGCAGAAAAAGCCACCCCGUGAGAAUGGCCAUAAGCAGAUAAGUAGCAGUUCCACUGGAUGUCUCUCUUCUCCAAAUGCUACAGUACAAAGCCCUAAGCAUGAGUGGAAAAUCGUUGCUUCAGAAAAAACUUCAAAUAACACUUACUUGUGCCUGGCUGUGCUGGAUGGUAUAUUCUGUGUAAUAUUCCUUCAUGGGAGAAACAGCCCACAGAGCUCACCAACAAGCACUCCAAAACUAAUCAAGAGUUUAAGCUUUGAGAUGCAACCCGAUGACCUAAUAGAAAAGCCUAUGUCUCCUAUGCAGUAUGCACGAUCUGGUCUGGGGACAGCAGAGAUGAAUGGCAAGCUCAUAGCUGCAGGUGGCUAUAACAGAGAAGAAUGUCUUCGAACAGUUGAAUGCUAUGAUCCACAUACAGACCAUUGGUCCUUUCUUGCUCCCAUGAGAACACCAAGGGCCCGAUUUCAAAUGGCUGUACUCAUGGGCCAACUCUAUGUGGUAGGUGGAUCAAAUGGCCACUCGGAUGACUUGAGCUGUGGAGAGAUGUACAAUCCAAGCAUUGACGACUGGAUUCCUGUUCCAGAGCUGAGAACUAACCGCUGUAAUGCAGGAGUGUGUGCUCUCAAUGGUAAAUUGUACAUUGUUGGUGGCUCUGAUCCAUAUGGCCAGAAAGGACUAAAAAAUUGUGAUGUGUUUGAUCCUGUAACAAAGUCAUGGACAAGCUGUGCUCCUCUCAACAUUCGUAGACAUCAGUCUGCAGUUUGUGAACUUGGUGGUUAUUUGUACAUAAUCGGAGGUGCGGAGUCUUGGAAUUGUCUUAACACAGUAGAACGUUAUAAUCCUGAAAAUAACACCUGGAGUUUAAUUGCACCCAUGAAUGUGGCGAGGCGAGGAGCUGGAGUAGCAGUUCUUGAUGGAAAACUAUUUGUAGGUGGUGGUUUUGAUGGCUCUCAUGCUAUCAGUUGUGUGGAGAUGUAUGAUCCAAAUAGAAAUGAAUGGAAGAUGAUGGGAAAUAUGACUUCACCAAGGAGCAAUGCUGGGAUUGCAACUGUGGGGAGCACCAUUUAUGCAGUGGGAGGAUUUGAUGGCAAUGAAUUUCUAAAUACCGUGGAAGUCUAUAACCUAGAGUCAAAUGAGUGGAGCCCCUACACAAAGAUUUUCCAGUUCUAACAAAUUUAAGACCCUCUCAAACUAACAGGCUUAGUGAUGUAAUUGUGUUUAGUAGAGGUACACUUGUGAAUAAGGAGGGUGGGUGGGGAUAUAGAUGUUGCUAACAGCAACACGGAGCUUUUGCAUAUUGCAUAUUAUUAAACAUGCUGUACAUACAUUUUGUGUUUGGAAAGGAAUGCAAAGAUGAAGGUCUGUUUUGUGUAUUUUUAAGAUUUUCUUGGUUAUUUUACUUUUGGAAGUUGAUACUGUAAAAGAAUAAACAGAAUUGAUUGGGCAUAUCAUUUCAAGAAGUCCCCUCUCCUCUGCAUUUGUUUUGCCAAUUUGCACAUUAAAGAGCUCUUCCCUCAAAUGUCUGUUAGGGAGCAAGAGGGCAGAGUUUAAAGAUCUAGGCAGUUGGGUUUUUUAAGGGCCCUUUUUCAAUAACUGGAACACUCUGUAACAAAAGAUACUUAUUUAAAUAGAUGACAAUGACUAUUUUUGUUUUUAUGAAAAGAAAGCUGACAUGCCUACCAAUACUUAAUCUUUUAUGAUUGCCUUUUUAUAACUUUUUAUAUUCUCAGCAGAGUGCUUUACCUGUUGAAGUAAAAUGUGGCACAUUCAGGUUACUGAAGCAGAGUGGCAGUCUUAAAGGAUGCAGAGUGGAGUGUUUCCUUUAAAAGUUCAUAACACAAACUUGUUAGCGUUUGCCUCAGCUGCAUAUUUAUUUAUUAUUUUCUGGAAUCUAGUACCGAAGUUUAUUUGAAUGGAGUUGCUGAACAAUAACAUAGCAAUGAUUUUUGGCAUUUAAAAACAUUUUGACUUGAGGGUAUGGUUUAUUUAGUAAGACAUACCAAUGAAUAACAGUGAAGUAUUUUCUAAAUUUCCAUUUUUAUCAUUAUAAAACAAUGCUAAAUGGAAGCCCUCUGUGAAAAAAAAAAUAGUUUAAAUUGUGUUGGGUUUGUGAAUGCAGCCUUUAUCAGAAUUAUGUUUUUGUUCAGUUCUUCUAUUCAUAGGGGUAAAUACUGGUUGGAAUGACUUGAUAUCUCAUGUGUAGCUACACACCUAACUUAUGGUGCCAAACUUAGCACAUCCUAAUUCUUGCUGCCAUUAAAGGUACUUUGCAGGAAACCUUGCACCAUGGAAUUCAUAUUUAAAUGUUUGUGUAUUCAUUCAUUAUGCAAAUAUUGGGGGAAAUACUUUUUUUGGUAAAAAAGGUGUUUGUGGAAAUACUCACCUAGCACCUUCCAUCUGAAAUAAGGAUGAAGAAAGGUAUUUUUUCACAGAUGAAGCACAUAGGAACCUAAUGAGUCACUUGGAAUGAGAGGACUAUUCAUUGAGUGGUUAACUUGGGUUAGGAAAAAAUUAGGUACUUUCUUCAAACACUUUGACACCUUAAUUGUCUCGUGUUUCACAAAGGACCACCAAGAGCAGAAAUCUCGUAACCUGGUUAGUAACUAAUCUAAAUCUGGUUUGACUCUGGAUUCAAACUAGCAGGUUAGCAGACCUGAGUUUGCCUAAUGUGAUGACUGUUCUUUACAUGGAUCUGUGUAUGUUCUAUUCAAGGAAAUAAAGUUUUAGUUGAGGAUACAGCACUAAAA